GAGGGGGAUUUUGUAGCCAGUGCGCAUGCAGAAACCAUUCUUGGUUUGUUACUUGAAGGAACUCUUGAAAACAAGUCGGAUAAGUCCAUUUUAGUACCUUUCACGGUCUUCAAUCACAAUCGCACGAGUUGAACAUGUCGAAGAAUAAAGGCAGGAGGAGCAGGGAGGACGACGAGGACACGUUUUCAGAUUGCUCCACCAUCUCCCUCCCAUCUCAGAGGAAUGGGACGAGCGGAACGUCGGAGAGCGACGAUGAGACGAACGAGUUGUCGGGAUUUCUGGAUGGGCUGACAGAGAAGAGGGCGACCACGAGGGAGUGGGCGUUCAAGGGCCUCUGCGAGGUCAUGAGGAAGGAAGUCUCGUUGGGCGAGCUGGAGGAGCGAUGCGAUGACCUGUGCGGUCAAGCGAUGAACGCGCUGAAGAAGGGGAUGAGCAAGGAGGCGCUGCUGGCGGCCGACUUCCUGUCCCUCCUGUUCGUGUCGUUCUCGGAUGAGUGCUUGAAGAUGAUGGAAGAGGUUGAGAGCUCCUUGUCGUACCAUGCUGUCCAUCACAAGUCAGCAGCAGUCCGCGGGAAGGUUGCUGAGCUCCUAGCGUUGGGGGCAUUCAUCUCAGAUAAGCCUGAGAGAGAAACAGCGUCCUUGAUGACUUCCCUGCUGAAGCUGAUGACGCAAGGAAAGUUGGUCAAAGAUUUCGUCGUUCCCGGGCUUCAUGCCUGGGGGUUAAUGUGUACCUCGCUCUCAGAUUCGUUCAUCAACAAUGGGGACGGGGAGAGGAUUGUAUCGUGGUUGCAGUCCUUGGACCCUCUCUUGGAGUGUACUGAGGUGGACGUCCGGAUCGCCGCCUCUGAGAAUGCUUGCAUCCUGUAUGAAUCCUGCUGGAGGUAUGACCCUGAAGCAGCGAAGAAGUUGAUUUCGAAACUAGAGAACUCACAGCACCAUGAUGAUUGGCAUGAUGACGGGAAGGAAGUGGAUGACCAAGAGGACAAGUCAACCGAGAAGGGCUGCACGGUCCAUUCUUUCACGAGCGUCCGCAAGAUCGCCAAGGCCGAUCGCACGAAGGAGAAGAAUGUCAUCAGGCAGGCAUCUGCAGUCUUGGAGCGGGGAGAAGGUCCCCCGACUGAGAAGAUCAAGCUGAAGCAUUCCUCGUUGGAGAUCGCUUCCUGGCGCGACAAGACGCGGCUCGCCUUCUUCAGGCAGAUCCUGCAAGGAGGCUUCCUCCCGCACAUGACCCACAACCCGAUCCUCCACGAGAUCUUUGGCAUCGAGGCUGUUCCAGACGAGCCGACUCUGUCGGCGGACAUGUCAAGGAUGCAAGUGCGAUCGCAGAAGGCGAAGAACGCUGCCAAGAUGAAGGGCAGAGAGAAGCAGAUUAUGCGGGCAAGGAAGGAGAGGAGCGAGCAGUGCGAGCAGCUCGACCUCAUGGACUGACAUGCGAGCCAACCGAGUGGUUGGGCCAUGUCGCCGUUACCCUCUUGUGGGUGUUGAGUGGCAACGAGCAAACAUAAGACGUGGAGUCGGAUAGAGAUCUUCUGUCCUCGACGUUAGCAACACUGAAGAUUGCAGAACGAUGAUGAAGCUUUAGGUCGUGGGAUAUUCUUUGAUGCAGAUGUCAAAAUGCAGGUGUAGAUGUAAAAGAGCCAACUUGAAGCUGUCAAGAUGAAUUCAGCGAUAAAUAAAUCCUCACGUGAAGGAGG